AUGAUGCAGGUGCGCGCACACGAGUCGCUGGUGUUGCUGUGCCUCCUGCUGAGGAGCUGCCAGGCCUCCAGGAACCACCACACGGAGCUGCUGCUCCCCCAGGAGGAGGCCCCGGAGCCCGGGGAGCCCCAGAGCAACGUGUCCCUGAACCGAGCGAGGACCGGCGGCAGGGGAGAGGCCGCCGGGGAGCCGCAGGAGAGAGACGAUCGAAGCCAAAUCGGCUGCAGAGAGCUGAGAUCCACCAAGUACAUCUCUGACGGCCACUGCACCAGCAUCAACCCCAUCAAGGAGCUGGUGUGCGCCGGCGAGUGCCUCCCGGCUCAGAUGCUUCAAAACUGGAUUGGCGGCGGCGGCAGGAAGUUCUGGGGUCGCCGGAGCAGCGGCAACCAGGACUGGCGUUGCGUGAACGACAAGACCCGCACCCAGCGCAUCCAGCUGCAGUGCCAGGACGGCAGCACGAGGACGUACAAGAUCACCGUGGUCACCUCCUGCAGGUGCAAGCGGUACUCGCGGCAGCACAACGAGUCGGGACACAAGCUGGAGGCGCUGGCGGUGUCGCCGCCGCAGCUGCUGCACAGACACAAGUCCAAGAGCAAGAGGAGGCUGGGGAAGAACCGGCUGAGCGAGAACUGGCACGAGACUGAACCCUGA